CAAAAAUAAAUACAUUCUUUUAUUAAAUGUUCCGUAAAGCAGAUAAAUAUUUACAUCUAAUUUUAGAAACGUAUUUUCCUGCUGAAGGAAACAUUUCAAGAUUCCCAUCACGAGUUGCUGCCAUGAAUUGGACUGGUGAGCAUCGCGCUUUCAUUGUGGAAACGUUUAUCAAAACAAACGAUUCUGUAACUGCAACACAAAGAGCGUUCCGUUUGCACUUCAAUCUUGGUAGACAUGAUCCCGUACCAGCUCGAAACACGAUCUUGUUUAUGGGUUACCAACUUCAUAGUUACUGGAUCUGCUUUGAAACGAAAAUCAAUCCAUUGAACAACUUAAAGAUGCAAUUCGUCAAGAAAUUACUGCCAUUCCACCUGAAAUGACCCGCCGAGUUAUUGACAACUUUCGUGAACGACUUCGACAGUGUGUGGACGAUAAUUGAUCCCAUUUGACUGAUUUAAUUUUUAAAACAUAAUGAAACAAAAUGGCAUUAUAUGUACUUUUCAAAAAUAAAAACACUUUUUUGUUUCUUUACUUCA